CUGAUGGAGGUCGUUUGAUUCUUCGAUUUCUAGACAUUAGCCACGUGAUAUUUAAUUCACUGAAUAGUGAUCGUUAAUUGCAUCCCUGAUGUUCAUUCAUCUUUCCAGAAGGAAGAGGAAAGGAAGGGAAAUCAGCAUUUAUGAGGGUCUUCUGUGUGCCAAUAACAGCGGCAGCCACAAUUCACAUUUUUGAGUAAUUCCUUCGAGCGUUUCACUGGGCUAGGUGCUUUACGUGUGUUACCCCUACCUGGCUGGUACUAUUACCAUCCCCACUUCACGCUAAAGGAAACUGAGGCACAGGCUAUACUGGAAUGGCAGAACCUAUCCAGGGUCUGGGCUCUUGACCUCCCUGCCAUGCAGGUGGUGUCUUGGUAGAAUCCUGCCUUGGGGUUGCCCCUCUCUGGCUCUGAGAAGUUGGAGGUGGCCCCUGGUUCUGGUAGGAGGGGAGGGGACACCUGGACAUGAUGACCAGCUCCUUGGUAGAUAGACAGAAGCCCCAGGCCUGCUGGGUAGUCUUGUGCCAGGCUUGAAGUCUGGGGAAGUCCCAGGCUUCCGGCCCACCUCUGCACCCCAUCCUACCCCCAUCGCCCUUUCCCAAGCACUGCUAGGCCAGAGACCUCCAAGAGCAGAGCAGAGAGCUGGAUAUCCAGCGGAGCAGGUGGACAUCAAGCAUAGGGAUCCUGAGGCCAGGCCGCCUCCAGAAACUUCUGCAGAGGCAGUAGGAAGAAGUGAGGGGUGCCACUCCCUGGACAGUGCUCCCUCCUGGGAAAAGUAGCCAGGGCAGAGGAAGUUUCAGGCCGCUCCCUGAUCCUGAGUGACUGUCCCCAAGGGCUGACUUCUUUCUUCUCAGGGAGUUCCUGACUGCUAGAGACUAGAAGUAGAAUUAUGAGCUCACCUUUGGCCUCCCUUGGCAAGACCCGGCGAGUGCCUCUGCAUUCGGAGCCUGUGAAUCCGGGGAGGCGAGAUAUAAAAAUGUACGGAAAUGAAGAUGAGGUGGACGUGCUGAAUGACGCACACGGCUCAGAAGAAAGGAUCUCUGUUCCUUCCUGCUAUGGUGGCAUAGGUGCCCCUGUGAGUAGGCAAGUCCCUGUGUACCACGACUCGGAGUUGAUGGCCACCAUGGCGAGGAAAGUGCAGGAUCUGGAGCGGCAGGUGAAGGCCCAGGCGGAUGAGAUGCUCUCCAAGGAUCAGAAGAUACGGGCCUUGGAGGAGCUGGUGGAGACCCUCCAGGAGCACCAGGGCACGGUGACCCUGCAGCGGCAGGAAGAGCUGGAGACCACGUGCGCGCAGCUGCAGCAGCAGGUCGGGGAGAUGGAGCGGUUCCUCGGUGACUACGGCCUGCAGUGGGUGGGUGAGCCCAUGCAUGAGGAGGACUCGGAGGAUGGCGAGAGGGACUGGAUGACAGCCAAGAAGUUCUGGAAGCCAGGAGACUCACUGGUACCCCCCGAGGUAGACUUUGACAGGCUGCUGGCUAGCCUGAAGGAUCUCAGUGAGCUGGCGGUAGACAGUGACACCCAGCUGACGCCAAUGCCCAGCAGAGUGCCACACUGUGUCCUUGAGCCCAUCCCACUGAAGCUCUACCGGAAUGGCAUCGUGAUGUUCGAUGGGCCCUUCCGGCCCUUCCACGAUCCCUCCACACAGCGCUGCCUCCGAGACAUAUUGGAUGGCUUCUUCCCGUCAGAGCUCCAGCGGCUGUACCCUGACGGGGUCCCCUUUAAGGUGAGUGACCUGCGCAAUCAGGUCUACCCAGAGAAUGGGCUGGACCUGUUCCCUGGCGAGGGCCGAGUGGUAGGCUGGCAGAGGAUUCGAAAGCCCUUGGACAGGAUGGAGCACCCAGGCUCCAGGAUGACCGCCGAGAAGUUUCUGAACAGGCUGCCCAAAUUAGUGAUCCGACAAGGCGAGGUGAUUGACAUUCGAGGCCCCAUCCGGGACACCCUGAAGGUGAGGCUCUGUCCACUCCAUCGAUGCUGCCCAUUGUGUGUCCAGAUCCAGGAGAUCGUGGUGGAGACGCCUGCCUUGGCUGCUGAGCGUGAGAGGAGCCAGGAGUCUCCGGAGUCACCCGUGCCCGCGCUCUCCACGCUGCGCAUCAAGUCUGAGAAUGGCGAGCAGGCCUUCCUGCUGCUGAUGCGGCCGGAGGACACAGUCGGUGAUGUGCGCACCCUGCUUGCACAGGCCAGGGCCGUGGAGGCCACCACCUUCGAGAUCUUCAGUACGUUCCCGCCCACAGUCUACCACAAUGACGCUCUCACGCUGCAGGCUGCGGGCCUGGUGCCCAACGCCACGCUGCUGCUUCGGGCGCGCCGGGCUCCACUGCCUGCCCCCGGCCCCGAAUAAAGCGCCCACCCCAACGCCGGCUGCUCUGCGAGGCUCUCUUGGCAGGGCAGCCCAGCGCCCAGCAGCACUAGCUCCGCCGAGGAGGGGGCGGCGCCGCCCCUCUGUAACUCGAGCCCCAGCUGGCG